AUGGGGCUGAUGGACAUCUUCACGUCCGUCAGGGACAAAGCCGAUAAGUUUCUGAACGAAAAAAACAUCGUGACAGAUUUUCUUGGGAAACUGGAGGAAAAGACCGGAAUCAAGAAGAAGAUCAUCGCCCUGGGGGCUGUGUCGGUGACUGGACUGUACCUGGUUUAUGGAUACGGGGCGUCUCUGCUCUGUAACAUGAUCGGUUUUGUUUACCCGGCCUAUUACUCAAUCAAAGCGAUCGAGAGCGAGAACAAAGAGGACGACACAAAAUGGCUGACGUACUGGGUGGUGUACGGCGUGUUCAGCCUCGGCGAGUUCUUCUCCGACAUUUUCCUCUACUGGUUUCCUUUCUACUACGCCUUCAAGUGUUUGUUCCUGCUGUGGUGCAUGGCUCCGGUCUCGUGGAACGGUUCUCAGAUCAUUUACACUCGAGUCGUGAGACCCGUGUUCCUGAAGCACGAGGCUCAGGUCGACCUGAUGGUGAACGACCUGAGCGGGAAAGCCAUGAGCGCCGCCGAGAACCUCACCAGAGAAGUUCUGUCGACUCUGGUGAAGAACAAGGCUCUGGUGGCUCCGUCCAACGCCAAAGACUUACCCAGCUCCACAGACCCGACCAGUCCAGAGUCCAGCACCGAGGCCGGACCCUCCAAACUGCGGAAACAUGAACGCUCGCACGACAAGACGCACGACAAAUCUCACGACAAAUCACAUGACAAAUCACAUGACAAAUCAGAGCGAUCGGAGCGGAGACGCAAAGACAGCGAGGACAAAACUGUACGUAUCUAA